AAAGAAGGAGUCAUGUUUUUAAUGCCAUCCUCUUUGUCUUUAUUCACUUUGGUUUCUUUCCCUUUUAAAACUUCUCUCUCUCUCUCUCCUUCUCUAUCUCACACUCACAAAAGCGUCUCCCUUAUUUUCAGGCACUUAGAAAAAUUUAAAGAAAAAUCGUUACAAAAAAAAAAAAAAAAAAAAAUUUAAAGAAUCAAAAGAUCAUUUUUAAGUCGAAAGACAGUCUCUUCCAACAAGAAGCCUUAAUCCAUGUCUUCUCCUUCUUUUUCUUCUUCCUCGUUAGUUCUUGCGUCUCUCCUCUCUCUCUUCCUCAACCCUUCACUCGCAGACAAUGAUCGUUACAAUACCACGGCGGUGGUCGUUAUAAUGAACCCAACCACAUCACCGCCUCUUCCGCCGCCCUCUCCACCGCAACAGCAUAACAUCACUUCCUCUUUCAUGCCCGGAAUCGCCGUAGUCAUCGCUGUCCUCACCGCCGUAUUCUCCCUCACCCUCUUGCUCCUCCUCUACGUCAAACACUGCAAACGACGCAGCGGCUACGUCAACCACACGCAGCGUUUCGCAACGUCAAGAUACGGCGGAGGAUAUGGCGGCGGUGGGGUAGGGAGGAAAAACUCCGGUAUAGACCGGUCAGUGAUCGAAUCUCUACCGGUUUUCCGGUUCGGUGCACUGAGCGGUCACAAGGAAGGGUUGGAGUGCGCCGUGUGCUUGGCGCGGUUCGAACCGACGGAAGUCUUGAGGCUGUUGCCGAAAUGCAAACACGCUUUCCACGUAGAGUGCGUUGACACGUGGCUCGACGCGCACUCCACUUGCCCGCUAUGCCGUUACCGGGUCGACCCGGAAGAUAUCCUCUUGAUCAGUGAUUGCAACUCAUGGUUCGAGCUCCGUCUGUCUAAUAACCGCCGAGAAGAAUCUAAUAAUACUGGUUCGACCCGGUUCGAUUUCGUGAGCCGUAUCUCCGGUCGGCACUCGUCUGCGGGAGAGCGAGCGAGUCGAGUCAACGAAGUUAGAGCGUCUUCUUCGUCUAAAUCGGAUCCCAUUUCGCUCAGGAGAUCGCUCGAUAGCUCUCUGAGGAUCAACGGCGGCGGCGAGGAGAUAACGGAACCCGUCGCCGUCGCCGUCGCCGUCGGAUGUUUCGAUCGUUCUCAGAGGAAAGACGGAUUGUUGCUCAAUUCGAACCGGGAAAGCUUCGAGGCGAGGUUCGAGCACCGGAUAAUAAUCUCCGGCGGGAAUCGAGAUCAGAGAUGGAGCGAGGUGAGGCCGUCGGAUCUUCUCUACCUGCGAUCGGAGAUGAUACUGAGUGAUUGCCGGAAAUUAGCGGCGGCGGAGGGUGGCAGAGACGUGAUGAGCGGGAGAAGUGUGUCGGAGUUAACGAGCAUUGAUAGACGGAGGAGAUGGGGAGGAGAGCCGAGACAACGACAAGCCACGGCGGUGAUAUCGAGAUGGCUCGCCUGGUCCCACCGUCCCUCCGCUUCCAGCGCUGUUUAAAAAUACUUUAUUUUUAGGUCCUUUUAGUUUUGUUUUAUAACAUUUUUGGCCGGAUUAGUUUUGUUUCAUAACGUUUUGGCCCAAAAUUGAUAUUCUCUCUAGCUAUAGAAAAGAGCAACAAUGGCAGGUAGGCUGAAUUUAAAGAAGAAAAAAAGAAUCCCGAUUUUUGGAGUUAAGUAUUGUUGAUGCACGAGUGCACGCAAACACUAAUUUUGUAAAAUUAUAAGGAAAGGGAUAGGAAUGAGUUUUAAAUUUAAUGUCUUGGUGUAAUAAAUGGCGAGUAUUGGGGAUCU